CGUCAACUUGGUUUUGGUGAUUUAGUUGCUUACUCCAAACAAUUUUAUUUAUAAAUAAAAAGUUGAGUAGUUUAUAGAAAUUCUAUACGUUUAAAAUGCCAAAAGUCCGCCGCAGCCGUAAACCCCCGCCAGAAGGCUGGGAGCUCAUUGAGCCUACACUAGAGGAACUGGAACAGAAAAUGCGAGAAGCCGAAACCGAACCUCACGAAGGAAAACGCAAACAAGAAUCACUAUGGCCGAUCUUCAAGAUCCAUCAUCAAAAGUCUCGUUAUAUCUACGAUCUGUUCUACAGACGCAAGGCUAUCAGUAGAGAGCUCUACCAGUAUUGUUUGGAUGAAAAAAUUGCUGACGCCAAUCUCAUAGCGAAAUGGAAGAAGACCGGUUAUGAAAACUUGUGUUGUCUACGCUGUAUACAGACCAGAGACACGAAUUUCGCUACCAACUGUAUAUGUAGGGUUCCAAAGAGCAAGUUAGAAGAAGGUCGAAUAGUAGAAUGCGUGCAUUGUGGGUGCAGGGGGUGUUCCGGAUAAGUUGUAGUUUAGCAUAGCUUCUAGAUUUAAUUACUUACCAUACAUUCUUGACUUGUAGCAUUCUAUCGAACUGGCAAAAUUGAGUCUUGGGAAAUUUACUUAUUCAUUUGAAUUGACUGGAACGUUUUUAUGAUCAGUGUGUAAUAUGUGUU